AUGAAAGUCAUUUUGGAAAAUAAAAGGUAUCAAAAGGAAGCGGGCUUCCCAGAACCAAAUUCCGACCAAGUGAAUAAGAGCAGAGGUAGAAAGAGCAAUUCUGGAUUGCCAAAUACCAAAGGUACCAAUCCGCUAGUAGUCAUAAUGCAAGAUUACAAAGAUGGGCAGGUAACUCGAAAUCCUGAUAACGUUAAGAUUGGACAAAUCUCGGUAAUAAAACAAACUGAUUUCGGAGCCACUUCUGCUGGUCAGAAGAUUGCAUUGAAGGAUUCACAUACAACAGAAGCAGCUCGUAAGACUCUGGAUUAUACCGGACCGGCAGCAUCAUUGGUAAAGAACAAUUUAAAACGCACAGCCUCUGCAUCGGAUGAACGCUGCCAACUUUUAUUCAAGAACUGUAAUGUUCCUGCUUCUACUCCUGAAGCAAAAUGUAAGAAACAGCGUAGUGGUGAUACUACCAACAAGAAGAAACUGCAUAAAACCUUCAGGUUCGUUAACGUUGAAACUGAAUUAAGAAAUCGUGAUCAGGGAAAGCCAACAUUUAAGAUUAAAAAACCUCCCACACUGGAACAGAAAAGUGUCAAGCAAGCCAGCCUUAUGGGUCUAUUUUCAAGCAAGAUAGGAAAGCAUCCGUAA